GCAGCAUUGAUAAGGACUGCGCAACCCUCAGCAUAUUGAUGGCUGUUUGGCUUUAUACACAUUCUGUUAGCUGAUGAUUGCUCCUUGUUUUCCAAUCACCUGGACAUCUGUCACACGCAAGACACUGGUUUUAUAAGUUCCACAUACUGGGGUCUGAGUCUGACACAAUACUCAACGUCGCUGCAUCCGCAUCAGCCUCAUCUGUACACCUCAUCAACAUGUCAGCUUCUGCAUCAAUUUCAAAGACCAUCUAUCUUGGACCUUUCGUCCACAGUAUUUCGCUCACAAAGCUCGAUAUCUGCGAAACUGGGGCUGUUGGGGUUGAUGAGAACGGCAUAAUAGCCUUUGUAGAGAAAGAGCUGGACCUGGAAGCAGUGCAAGAGAAGCACUCAUGGCAAGAUGCUACGCCCAUCCAUCUGAGUGGGAACGCAUUCCUCUUUCCUGGCUUCAUCGACACUCACACUCACGCCCCUCAACAUCCCAACAACGGGCUCUUUGGGAAGACGACGCUCCUGAAUUGGUUGAAGACGUAUACAUUUCCCAUGGAAUUGUCGUUCAAGGAUCUGAAGCACGCUGAAACAGUAUAUCGCAACUUUGUGUCCCGGACCCUCUCACACGGUACAACAACAGCGGCCUACUACGCCACUAUCCACGUUCCCGCAACAAAUUUGCUUGCUGAUAUCUGUCUCGCAAGGGGUCAAAGAGCGCUUAUAGGACGAGUCUGCAUGAACUCUGAUCUCUCGCCCGAAGACUACCGCGAUGCAUCCGUAUCGCAAAGCGUUGCAGACUCAAAAGCAAGCAUCGACUAUAUCCGGUCCAUCGACCCCAAGGGCUCUAUCGUGCGCCCAGUUGUAACGCCCCGCUUCGCGCCCUCCUGCACAACCGAGUGUCUCACAGAGAUCGGAAAACUAGCAAAAGACGAAGACGCCUUCAUCCAAACCCACAUCUCCGAGAACAAAAAUGAGAUCGAGCUCGUGAAAGAGCUCUUUCCCUCUAGCAAGAGCUACACCGACGUAUAUGACACACAUAAUCUUCUCACACCAAAGACUAUUCUCGCGCACGCCAUCCACCUAAGCAUCGAAGAGCGCAAAACUAUCCUCGCCCGUGGAUCAAGCCUCUCGCACUGCCCCUGCAGCAACACCGCCAUCACCUCGGGUUGCGCCCCGAUAAGAGAGCUGCUUGACGAAGGCCACACUAUUGGUCUCGGCACAGAUGUGAGCGGCGGUUUCCACCCCAGCAUUCUCGAAAACGUGCGUCACGCUAUCUGGACGAGUCGACAUCUCGCACUGCAAUCCUCGCUCGGCGACAAGGCGAAACUCAGCACCGAAGAGGCGCUGUACCUCGCGACGCGCGGCGGUGCGGCUGUCGUUGGACUCUCGGAGAAAGUGGGCGGGUUUGAUGUUGGUAAGGAAUUCGACGCGCAGCUUAUUGAUCUUGGGAGCGUUGAGGCUGGAGGUAAUAACGACGGGCACUUCGAGGCCGGGCCCGUGGACAUUUUCGGACAAGAGAGCUGGCUGGAGAAGGUGGAGAAGUGGGUAUAUGCUGGUGAUGAUCGGAACACGACAGCGGUUUGGGUCAGCGGGAGGCUGGUGCAUAAGACGAGGAGAUAUGUAGGUGCCCAGGCUAAUGGGGUCGUGACAUCGUAGGUAAAGAGGGUGUACAGGCAAAUACCACUUCACUAGCAGAACGGAAACUUCCGAGUAUCCCUCUGUCGAUUGUAGAUUUCUUGCGACUGCCUCGUCCCACCACAUCUUCAUCUGCUGUGGAUGUGUUUCCUCGUGAUCGUAUUGGGGAAUUCGGAGAGUUUCGAACUCAGUCUUGCUGUUAGAGAAAAUAUCGGUUGCUGCGAGUUCUUGCACGCUCACAAGAGGCAAAUUUGUGGGCACAUCCUCAUGAACUGUAGUUGGGUCUUGUUCCCCGGCAGCAUCAGAACUUGAUCUGUCCUUCAUAACUGGUGAACGGUUAUUUGUAACGUAGGUGGUCUCCGUGUCGAACGCUUGU